CUCCUGCUUUUUGAGUAGAGGAAAGGCGGUCUAGCAGCCAAACCUCGCGCGAUAGGGGGAUAUUACAGCGCUCUCUCCCAUAUUCGACAGCACGCACAGCGUCAGGGCCUCUGGGCCUCUGUACAACCGAGCCACACAGCUUUUUGGCAGCCUUUUGCAUUUACCCUGGGAACCAUGCUUUCCCCCCAGACGGCCUCGCCCGCCAGCUGGAAACCGCCCACCGCGGGUGGCGAUACGACUGAUGACGAGGAGGGUCCGCGCCCCGCGCCGCGCGCCGACGAUCCCGCCGCCGCGCCCGCGGCGCCGCCGGCCGCGCAGGACGCCGCGCCCGCGCCGCCGCCGCCCGCCGCCGCGCCGCUCGCGCCGGAACACGUGCUGCUAGAGGCGUCCCCGCCGCCGCCACCGUCCAAGUGGAAGGAGGGCGACAAAGUCAUCGCCCGCUGGCACCUAGGAUGCCACUAUCCUGGGACGAUCCACGCCGUCAAAGCGAAUGGCGUUUAUGCAGUUUCCUUCGACGACGGUGAUUAUGAUGAUAACGUUAUUGAAAACCACAUCCGCGCCGCGCCGGCGCCCACGCCGACGGACGAGCCGCCUGCGCCCGCGCCCGCGCCCGCGCUGCCGCCGCCCGGCAGCCGCAUCACCGUGCGCUUCAGCGACGGUAUUGAUUACGGGGGUACCAUCACGGAAUUGGUGGACGAGCACCACGCCAGGGUGCUCUACGACGACGGCCAGAGCGAGACCGUGCGCUUCCCGGACCCCGACGUCCGCGUCUUGCGCGCGGCGCCCGCGGCCGCGACGCCGGCGGCGGCGGCGGGAGGGCCAAUCCGCGUGCGCACGGCCGGCGGCCGCGAGGCUAUUGUAUUAGAGAAGAUGCAGCGCGGCUGGUUUAGGGUCGAGCUGGACGGCAACGCGAACGACGAGGGCGGCGCGAACGAACGCAAGUCGCUCCGGCGGCCACAACUCGCGGUGGGCCAGGACCAUUUGCUGGACGCGGCGCCGCAGGCGCCCGCCGCCCGGCCCGCGCCCGCGCCGACGGACGAGGCUGCGCCGGCGCCGGCGCUGGGCGACAAGGACGCUCAGCAGGUCGCCGCGCUAGAGAAGCUGCACGAGUCACUGAAAGACAAGCCGAACCUGAUCGUCUGCCGCAAGCCUUUGGAGGACUUCGGUUUUCGCUGCGGCGCGACAGACCAGCAGCAAAACCGUUUCGACGCCUUGCCGCCGCAGUCUCUCCAUUCUAUCGAAGAUAUCCUCGGUGGCCAGUACGCACAGACGUAUUCGCUGAACUCGGUCCCGAAGCUUAUCGCGUACCUCGAGGGCGUCCUCAAUAGACUCUCGGGCGGGCGCCUUUUUCCUUCGCCAUCUGCGCCGAAGAAGAAGCGCGGGUAUGAGGCGCCCGCACCGAAGAUAACGGAGCGCGCCAGGCCGCGCUGGUCGAGCGAGGAGGAAAGGCGUCUGCGAGAGCUGGUCGCCGAGCUGGGCGAGACGAGAUGGCCGGCCAUCGCCAUGCGCCUCGGCACGGGCCGGACGGGCGCCGCCGUCGAGCUGAGGUGGGCGACGCUCAGGCAGAAGUCGCACGGGCGGCCGCCGAGGGCCGCGGCGGAGGCGGCGCCCGCGACCGACGGGCGGGAGCGGGUGCGGACGGCCGGCGGCCGCGUCGCGACCAUUAUCGAGCGGCGCUCGCGCGGCUGGCUCUUCGUGGAACUAGACGGCGUGGCUAACGACGAGGGCGGCGCGCACGAGCGCAAGUCCAUCAGGGCGACGACGACGACGGCUUUGCAUGGAGCAGCGACUCGGAAGCGGCCCGGCACGGGCGGGGCGGCGCCGCGGCCGGCGCAGCGACCGCGCCUCGUUUCGCGCGGCGGCAACGACGACGACGACAAGGACGCCCGCAUCGCCGAGCUCGAGGCAGCGCUCGCGCAAGCGCAGCAGGCGCCGGUCGCGCCGGUCGCGCCGCCGGCCGCAGCUCUGGCUUCUGUCACGGGCCGGCUCAGAGAGCUCGCGUCGCUCCGCGCGUCCGGCGCGCUCACGGAGGCGCAGUUUGAGCGAGCCAAAAAUACCGAGCUCGGGUUGCAGUAG